AUGGACUCUACUGCAGUGACAGAAUUUUUUACGCUAGACGACUCUCCAGCGAAGCCUCCUGCAAACGACGAUGAUACGGUUCGCGACCACUAUGGAUUUAUGGUUCCUGCCGACUACCAUGAGCUGUACUCCGUCUACAGCCCAAUCUGGGAGCAGGAGGAGACAGAGCGUGAGGCGUACUGGUGCCAGUUCUUAAUCGAAUUGGCGCAUCUCAACGCUAACGAUGGCAAGUUUGCCAACCUUGGGGACCUGUGCGCGGACUACCUUCUGGAUGCCGUCACCAUCGCACGGCACGAACAGGGCCCGCCGUCGCCUCACCGGCAGAAGCUCGAUGCGCUAGUGCAUGGGGGUGUCCCCUUCACCAUUCGCGGCAGCGUCUGGACCGUCUUCUUGGAUACCUCUGUCCGCAAGCAACGAAACUACUACAAUGAUCUGGUCAAACGCUGCCUUGGAGAUCUGCAGUACAGGGGCAGUCUGGAGCUGGACGAGAUACGGAAGCAGGCGGCGCUAGCAUCGCAGGCGCUGCAGGACGCUGCCGCCCUUCACGGCCUGUCCGGCUAUGCAGCGGUGACGGAGAAGGCCCUGGCCACCUGGCGAUCCAACAGCAAGGUAUGGCUGACCCAGAUCGAAAAGGACCUUCCCCGCACCUUCCCUGGACUCGCCUUAAUGGAGGUCAGCGGGCGCCCGGCACUGCGGCGGGUGCUGGCGGCCUACAGCCUGCAUAACUCCAGGGUUGGGUAUUGCCAGGGUCUCAACUUCGUGGCCGGCACCCUGCUACUAUUCCUGGACGAGGAGGGCGCCUUCUGGUGUCUGUGUGCGCUGCUGGAGGACAUUCUCCGGGGCUACUAUGACGUGGAUAUGAUGGCCAUGCAGGUGGAUCAGCGGGUUUUUAAGCGCCUGGUUUCGGAGCACUUCCCCCAGCUGGCGGCCCAUUUGGAGGGGCUGGGGGCGGACGUGUCGUGUGUGUUUGUGCAGUGGUUCUUGUGUGUCUUUGUCAACUUCCUGCCUAUUGAGGCGUGCCUGAGAGUGACUGCCCUAGCUUUGUUGGAGGUCUUCUCUCCCGCGCUCUCCUGCUGCUCGGAUGUGCUGGACGCCCUAGAUCUGCUGCAGGCCAUGGCCCCCCUCACGUACGACUCUAACCGCCUCAUCAGCCACGCGUUUGGAUCCGCUUUUGAGGGCGUUACGGACGUACGGCUGGCGACGCUGAGGCGGGAGUAUCUGGAGGAGGUGGAAGCGGAGGCGGCGGCGCUGGCGGACGAAUUGACGUGGGAGGGGUCGGCAUCCGCUGCCGCCGUCGGCGGGUCCAACGGCCACGGCGGCGGCGGCGCAGCCGCACAAGCUUAUCAAGGCGCCGGCGGCGCCGGCGCAGGUACGGCGGCGCAAGCCGGCACGCCGCAUCAGCAACAGCAGCAACAGCCGCCGCCGCCACCGCCGCAGCAAUCCAGCAGUCGUAUCAGCGUGCUAAAGAUGAUUGCGCGCGGCAUGAAGGAAAAGUUCGCCGGUGUCGGCGGCGGUGGCGGUGGCGGUGGCGGCGGCGGUGGCGGCGGUGGUGGUGGCGGGGGUGCGGUACUUCACGGUGGUUCCGGUGCGAACAGCGUCGAGCGCGCGGCGUCUCCCGACCCCGACGCAGGCCUUACCGCCCCGAUGGCCGCUGUGGCGCUGGGUGGGAGUAACGCCGCCACCGCUGGCGGCGCGGAGGAGCCCUUGCUCGUACAUUCGUCUCCGCCCUUUGACGGCGGCGGCGUCGACGCCGACAGCGAGGACUAUCACCGCCUUAACGGCGACGAUGGGUUUCAGUACGAGCAAGUUGGUUACAUGGCGCCGUCAGACCUGUUGGAGACGGGCGGCGGCGCCGUCACCGCCGCCGCCACUGGCGGCGGCGGCGACGGCGGUGCCCCAGAGCUGCUCUCGCUGUCGCCGCCGGCGCCCGCGUCGCUGCUACCGCAUCCUCAGAGCAGCGGCGUCAGCGGGUACGGCAGCUCGUGGCCCCAUCAUCAUCCGCCGCCGCCGUUGCCACAGCAGCAACAACAACAGCAGCAGCGACAAUCAGAUGUUUCAUCGCUGACUACGGCGACGGAGGCGGGGCCAGCGGAGGGCUCCGCUCCCGCCGCAUCGGGUACAACAUCGUGUACGACGGCAUCCGUCGGGAACGAAGAUCCCCUGAAGCCGCUUUUCGAGGCGACGUCAGGGGUGACGUCAGCGUCGGAGCUCCAGGCGGCAGCAGCGCCUGUGACGGCGGCGGCGGCGGCAGAUGGCGGCGGUGGCGGCGUGGACCGCCGUCUGCAACGCAAGUCCGCUUCCUCUUUCAGCUGGCAUCAGACGCCGAAGUGGACGAGCUUCCGGAUCUUGAGCGCCCAAGCCCAGAACAGCGCCAGCGGCGGUGUUCCUGUGGCCGCCGUUGCGACGGCGGCGGCGGCGGCGCCGCCGCCGGUCUCCGUCCUGCUUCCGCCAUCACCUGGCAGUACGGCGGCGGCUGGCGGCAGCGGAGGUCCUCUAUCUCCCCACAUCCUGAUGUUGGCGGCGGGGAGGUCUCAGUCCCUGGCGGCGGGCUUGGUGACGGAUGGGGACGACGACGACGGCAGCGGCGGCGCCGCCGCCGCCAACCGCGCUGACCAACUCCUUUCCCAGAACCACCCGGCGGCGGCGGCAGAGGCAGCGGUGACGGACCUGCACGGCUCUGGCACCGCCGCCGCCGUCAGCGGUGGAGCUGCCGGCGCUGUUACCGCCGUACCCCAGGAUGGUUUCGGAGCCUUGUCUAACUUCAGUCAAGUUCAGGCCGCAGAUCAGGCCCGACGGGUGCAGGGCAGCAAGCGGCGGUGUAGCAAGGCGGCGAGCUUGGCCUGGGAUAUCGCCCUCGCGCCGCUAAAGCUGCGACAGCAGAUUCAACAACGGCAUCGGGACAACCAGAAACAACCGCCGCAACCACCACAACCACUUCCCACCGCACAGUCACGGUUACAGCAACGACCGGACUCCCUAGACACUCUCUCCACAGCCGCCCCGGCCGCCACAGCCGCCGCCGCGAUUCAUCCGUCGUCGCAUCCGUGUUCUGUUUACAGCGCGGUGAACCAUGGGUCACCCUUUGGUCGCUCCCACCCGGCUCAACAAGACCAAAACUCCCACAACACGGCAGCACCCGCCUGGGGCGACCGACCCGCCGGGUCGGCGUCGGCGCCCUCUUCAAUGACGUCCUCUACUACUGCAAUUGUCACUGGAGCAGCAGCGGCGGCGGCAGUAGCAUUAGCAUCUUCUAGUACGACGACAUCCAAUGAUGCUACUGCAUUAUUAAACUCCGCCGAACUGCCUGGCGGUGUGACUCCUAUUCAGGCAACCGCAGCGGAACGGCAGUGGCAUGGCCAGGAGGGCCCUGCGGGGAUGCCGCCGCCGCGGGCGACAGCCAUGGCGCCGACAGCAGCAGCGGCGGCGGCGGCGGCGAAUGGUAGUACGGCAGCCGUCGGAACCCACUUCAUCGGGGGCGGCUGUGGCGGUGGCGGUACGGCAGUGUCGUCGUCUAUGCAUGCGCCGCCGGGGAGCUCCGUCGCCAGUACGUGCAGCGUCCUGCUGCUGGACGAGCAUAAGGAGGCGUCGCCGGCUGAGGCGCGAGAUGAGUGGGUCAUCAUGGCCCCCCCGUCAGAGGGGGUGCUGCCGCUGCCGUCGCCGCCGCCGCCGCCGCCGCCAGCAUCGCUACAUCACCACCUCGGUCUGGAUGGCGGCAGCGCAGCCGCCGCCGCCGCCGCCAGCUCUCCGGGGGAGAUGUCCUACUUCCACGAUUUGCUGUCGGGUAUGGUCCCGGGUACGGCAGCAGCUGGAUCGGCUAUUGGGGCAGUUGAAACAGCUCCAGCUCCAGCGGCGGCGGCGGCGGCGGCGGCAGGAGCUGUGGAAGGGUGGCGGAGGUCGCCGGGCGGCGACGGCGGCAGCCCGGCGGUGCAUGAGAUGCGGGUGCGGGAGUCUCUAGGCGUAGGUGACCUGAUACGACAUCACACAGCCCUGGCGGCUAGGUUGCAGAAAUUGCAGGAAUUGAAUCACCAGCAGCAGGAGCAGCAGCAGCAGCAGCAGCAGCAGCAGCAAGUGCUACCGGCGGUUCCGCCGACGGCGUCGAGGGGGCACGCGGCGGAUGACCGCAGCGACGCAGCGGCUAGUACGGCACUAGAUGCCGCGGGCGCGUCGGGGUCCGCUGGCGGCGGUGGCUGCGGCGGCGGCGGCUACGGCGGCGGAACUGGGGCUGCGCAGCCAGUGGCCGCUGUAUCGUCGGGGCCGGGCACGUCGUACGGUACGGACCGCCUAGAUACCCUACAGCGUCUCCUCGAGGGCCUGGUGGCGGCGGCGUGUAGCAGCGGAGAUGCAGCCGCCGCGGCGGCGGCGGCGGCGACGGUGGCGGCGGCUCCGCCGCCCUCGAUCGCUGCCGCUGCUGGCGGCAGCGGCGCCGCCGCGGCCGCGGCCGCUGCUGCUGCCGCGGCCUUGCUUCCUGAGGGCUUGCUCCCGCUGUCGCUGCCGUACGCAUCGGUGGCGGCGUUGCCGCCGGCGUCGGCAGCGGUAACACCGUUUGACCAGCUGGUGGUUGGACCUGGCGGUCAAGUCAGGCUACAGCCCGCGGCCGCGGCGCCGCCGCCACCAAUGCCGGCUGUAGCGCUGGCGCACGCGGCUGGUAUGGCAGCUUCAACCGCCAACGGCCAGCAGCAGCAGCAACAACAACAACAACAACAACAACAACAACAACAACAACAACAACAGCACGUGCAGGAAUUAUUGCUGGAGGCCGUGGGGCUGUGUAACGAGCUGAGGGCCGAGUUGCGCAGCAGUCGAACCAUAGAGGCAGAAACGGCUCAGGUUCUGGAGCAGUACGGCUUGCUGAGCGAGGCGAUGGCGUCGCGGCUGGACGGUCUCGUACAGCAGUUGGCCGAGAAGCAGUACAUGAACGACAAGCUCAGCAACAAGUUGGAUCAGACGAUGCAAAAGUACGCUGCGCAGGACUACGCCAUACGGCACCUGCAGUUCCAGCUGCAAGGAGGGCAUCAAGUAGCGACGGCAGCUGGCGGCGGCGGCGGCGGCGGCGGAGGUGGCGGCGGCGGCGUUACCGUCAUGAGCCCGAUCAGCGGUCUUAGUAGCGCGCUGGGCUUUGGAGGCGGCGGGUCCGUCAACCCCCCGGCCACCGCCGCCUGCACUCCCACCCCCACUGCCGCCGCCGCCGCCGCCGCCAACGGCACCUACUCGUCGCGAGGAACACCUGGUCACGGCGGCGGCGGUAUCGUACACAGCUUCCUCGCGGGUGGUAGCAGCAGUAGCAGCAGCGGCGGCGGCGGCGGAGGGGCCGCGGUGGCGGCGGGAGGUGCCGCUGGAGGGGUCCGCCAUGGCAGUCCGCAGCGCGGCGGCGGCGGCGGCGGCGGCGGCAACCAAAGCCUGCUAUGGCAGUUUGGUAAGAACCUGAAAGCCAAGUUUGGCGGCAGGGACGAGCAACAACAACAACAACAGCAGUAG